AGGUUCCUCGAGUGAGGUUUGAAUUGAAGCGGCAAGAUGGCGGCGUAGGCAAGAGAAACUGUCUGUGUUAAAGGUAAACAAAGCGAUUUUAGUUUGUUUUUUCCCCCGUAAAAGUGCGUUUCCAUACCAGUUUAGAGCUUUAUUUUAUUUAGAACGAACGAAGUUGACAGGUAAAGUUUUAAUAAAUAAGUUACGCUUGAGCUAUAGUUAGUUAAUUUAAGAUUCUUCAGCAUGUCAAAGAGGUUAUAAUUAAAGUUGCCUUGUUUUAAUGCUUAAAAAAUCGGAUAUUAAUUAGUUAGUCGCAAACUAUCAGUGUUUGGAAAGCAGUGGAGAAGAAAAUGGAUGAGAAAGAGGAAAUAUCAUCUCUGAGUAACUCUAAAGAGAUCAACAAGACCUAUAUAAUAUCCACCCUGACAAGCAGAUGUGAUGAGGUUUCAAAUGCUGGGCCUGGUCUUCUCACUCUUCAAAGAAGAAAUACAAACAGCAAAACCACAAUGGGUGGUGAUCAUGAAGCAUGUGAAAAUACCGAGAACCAAAGGCAGGGGAAACGGUUAACUUUACAGAGGAGAACCAGAGCAGGCUCCACUGAUAAAGGCUCUCAUCCACAUCUACCUCCACCUCAACACACAUCUGGCAUGACCGAGAAACGAGCAUGGACUUCUUCAAAGAUCCUGUCUGAGCCAAACAGCCGAACAGGUUCAGCUCCUCCUCUGCGAUGUGCCAGUCUGAAACUGAAAAACAGCACCAAAGAGAUCAUCAAGCCAGUAAACACAUCUGGAGGGACUAUAGAGAAAGAACAAAAAACAUUCUCAACCCCAACCGGGAAAACCCAGUUUGAGAGAAUAAGUCUGAAGAAAGAAGUUUUUGAAAGAUUAUCCACAAAAGAUCAAUCCAAAGCAUUAAAACAAUCAGGUGUUGAAAGGCAAAAGCAGUCAAGUGGAGACCCGAUUCCAGGUUCAGCCAAUAAGAAGUUUCCGAUUAUCAGUCAAAACCGGAGCACGAUAUCCAAUAUGAGAAAGACCACAACUCCACUUUCUAUGGUUUUGACCCCGAAAUCUAAGCUUUCUUCAUGUGAAACACGGGUUUCUGUCGAAUCUGGGAGUCAGACUGUGGCUUCAUCAUCUAAAGAGCUGAAGAUGGAGAACAGUGCGGUGACGGUGGCAGUGCGAGUAAGACCUUUCAGUCACAGGGAAAAGAAUGAGAAGACCAGUCAAGUGAUUUUCAUGGAGAACAAUGAGACUGUAGUUCACCAUCCCGACACUAAACAGACAUACACCUUCUCUUUUGACUUCUCCUUCUACUCGACUGAUGAAAUGGACCCCAAGUUUGCUAGUCAGCAGACGAUUUAUAAGAAGUUGGCUCGACCCUUACUUGAAAGAGCAUUUGAAGGAUUUAACACCUGCCUUUUUGCAUAUGGACAAACAGGCUCAGGAAAGUCCUACACUAUGAUGGGUUUUGGUGAGGAGGAUGGAGUUAUACCCAGAUUCUGCGAGGAGGUUUUUGCAAGGGUGUCCAAUGCUGAUAAGAAUGAGGUGACUUAUCACCUGGAGAUGAGCUACUUUGAGGUGUAUAAUGAGAAGAUCCAUGAUUUGCUUGUGGUGAAGGAUGAGCAAAACCAAAAGAAGAUGCCCUUGCGGGUCAGAGAACACCCGACUGAUGGGCCAUAUGUUGAAGCUCUAUCUACGAAUGUGGUCAGCUCCUGUGCUGAUAUCCAGGCCUGGCUUGAGCUUGGGAAUAAACAGCGAGCUACUGCUGCUACAGGCAUGAACGACAAAAGCUCCAGGUCUCACUCUGUCUUCACUCUGGUCAUGACUCAGACUAAGACAGAAUUAGUGGAAGGAGAAGAACAUGACCACAGAAUAAUCAGCAGAAUCAACCUGGUGGAUUUAGCCGGGAGCGAGCGCUGUGCCACGGCUCAGACCAGUGGAGACCGGCUGAGGGAGGGAGCAAGUAUCAACAAAUCUUUGCUCACUCUGGGGAAGGUGAUUUCUUCACUCUCUGAACAAGCUCAAGGCAGAAAGAAAAUCUUCAUCCCAUACAGGGAAUCGGUCCUGACAUGGUUACUGAAGGAAAGCCUGGGUGGAAACUCAAAGACAGCCAUGAUUGCAACAGUGAGUCCAGCCACGAGCAACGUGGAUGAGAGCCUGAGCACUCUGCGCUAUGCUCAGCAGGCUCGCCUCAUCAUCAACGUAGCCAAGGUCAACGAGGACACCAAUGCCAAGCUGAUCCGAGAGCUGAAAGCAGAGGUGGAGAAGCUGCGGGCCGCCCAAAUGAGCUCUCAGGGCAUCAAUCCAGAGAAAAUGAGACAAUUCCAGCAGGAAAUCUUCACCCUGAAGACUCAACUGUCUCAGCAGGAACGUGAAAUGGCUGAGGUGCACAGAACAUGGAAGGAGAAACUGGAGCAUGCCGAGAGGAGGAAACGUGAAGAGACCAAAGAGCUCCAGCGUGUAGGCAUCACAUUUAAAGUGGAUAACCGGCUCCCCAACCUUGUGAACCUGAAUGAGGAUCCUCAGCUGUCAGAGAUGCUCUUAUACAUGAUUAAGGAGGGGCAGACCAAGGUCGGCAAGCUCAAGUCUGAGUCGGCCCACGACAUCCAGCUCUCCGGGACUCUUAUUGCUGAUGAACAUUGUGUUAUCUCCAAUGUUGAUGGCACAGUCAGCAUCACCCCUAUGGAAAAUGCCAAGACCUUUGUGAAUGGAAACCUUGUAUCUGAAGCGACUGUCCUCCACCAUGGUGACCGAGUGAUUCUUGGAGGAGAUCACUAUUUCCGCUUCAACCACCCGGCCGAGGUGCGGUGUGGAAAGCGGGCGUCCUGUUGGAGUAAUGGAGAUGGCCAGAAGGACUUUGAGUUUGCCAAGAAUGAGCUACUUUCAGCUCAGAGAGCUCAACUAGAGGCGGAGAUUGAAGAUGCCCGAAUGAAAGCCAAAGAAGAGAUGAUGCAGGGGAUCCAGGUGGCCAGAGAAAUGGCCCAGAAAGAGUUGUGUGACCAGAAGCUUCAGUAUGAGAACCGGAUACAAGUCCUGGAGAAAGAACUUGAGGAGGAGAAUGAAAGAAAAAGGGCACAGGAGCUUGAGCGGCAGAAGGUCGCUAGCGAGAUGGAGGAACUGCAGACUGCGAAGUCUCUCCUGGAGCAAGAAAUGAGCGUGCACAAGAAACGGUUACAAAUGGAGGCCCAGGCUGCCAGACAGGCCAUGGCCGAUAAUGAUAUUCGACAUGCUAAAAUCCUUGAAGCGCUGGAAGCAGAGAAGAGGAAAAUCGCAGAAGAUCUAGCUGAUAUUCAGAAGAAACGUGCCUUGAAGGUCAACCAGACUCCCAAGACUGCUCCUCCACAGUGGGAUGCCAUGAAAUUGUCACUUAUGAUUGAAGAAGCGAACAAAAUAAGUGCGAAGUUCAGGAAGCACACACUGUUUAGCAGGCAUGAAGUACCUGAGAUGGGGAAUAUUGGGGGAAACGCUGAAAUGCAAAUCCAAGUGCAGAACACUAAACUGGGCAUCUCCACCUUCUGGAGCAUGGAGAAAUUUCAAAGCAACUUGGCUGUCAUGAGGGAGCUGGAACAGGGAGUUUGCACCUCGAAAGAUGAUGAUGAUGUGUUUUAUGACCCCAAUGAUCACUGGGAGCCAGAUAUAUCUUCAGCAUCUGCAGAGUCGUCUUUCUCUCGCAGAAGGAGCAGGAGUCUGCUGAAGAGCAGGCGCAUCUCUGGGCGACUCUAUGAGAUCAGAGUGCACCCCAUUCAGAGCUUAAACGGCACCUCCUCACAGCCCACAGGCCUGAUUAGCAUGAGCAAACCCUCUUCAUUUCACUCGAGCAGUUCAGACUCGGCCUUGCCCGGGAUCUGCAAAGAUCUGAUAGCUGCCACGGUUUCCCGUUUACGUGCCAGUUCAUCAGAGGAAGCGAGCGAGAGCCUGGCAGACAAACUCACCCUGGACCUUCUGUCCAUUUAUAACGCUGCAAACUCCAUCGCAGGCUUGUACGAGCAGCUGGAUGACAACAGCCAGGAGAACUUGUUUGCAUGCAGCCCUGAAGCACAGACUCAUCUUGUGAGAGCUACCUCAGCUAUCGAGAGAGCCGUGUUCGUUACCACGCACUGGGUCUCCCAUAUCAACUCCAGCACUCAGUCGGUCUCUCAAACAGUAGAGCAGCUCAGGACUGAAGUAAAGAAUACAGGAGGAUAUUUUCAGCUCCUUGUUCAGGGCUGUGAAUCUGAAAUCUCCUCUAUGGUGACAGAGGCCCAGAGGAAGAUGGGUAGGAGUACAGACGCAGCUCUGAGUGCCACCGCCCACCUGGCAGCAGUAACGGGUACACCUCUUCAUCCGACCGACCGUGAAUCAGACACUGUAGGAAAAAGGUCUGCUGGGGUGUGUCUACGGGAGGGAACGCGCCGAGGCGUCAGAGCUCUCCUCGAGGAGGCUCUCCUCAUCAGCCGAGAGAUGCUAAGACAUGCUCAGUUAGCUCAACCUAAAGCUCAGAUUUUACAAAACCUUAAAAUGAAAAUGCUGGAGGUGGCAAAACAUUUGCAAAGCUACGUUCACUGCAACAUGUUGGAGAAGCCUGACCCUAUGGAGAACGAUCCAGAGGGAGCCACUGCUGUACAGAUGGAACGUUUGAGAAACACGGCCUCCAAGCUCUUUCAGCUAAACCGUGCUCUCCAGCAGCUUCACUCCUCCUUGUCUCGCACUCUGAGAGGUCGAGGCAGCGAUGUUGGUCUCAGGUCAUUCAGAGAUACAGUCCAGUCUUUGACCAAGACCAUUAGCGGCCUUGUGCAUGGAUUACCGCGGCAGACAGACGUUUGCCCUGCCGGUACUCUUCAGCUGCCAUGUUUAAAGAGCGUCAUGGAUGCACGAGAUGCCCUGCACUCUGCAUUAUGCCUUCUAGCUGAACUGUUCGAUGAGAGCUGUGAAGAAAAUGUGGGAUCCAUGAGAACCUUCAUGAAGGUUGAGAUACAGGAACCAGCUCAAGGCCCAAGAAGCCAAACCGUUCCGAAAAUGGUGUACUCACUGUCUUCGGGUGUCGGCUCGUGCUCCAGAGACAUUCGCUGGGUUUGAGCUGUCUCAUAUCUGAUUCACAAUGAGAUCUUGGAGAAAUGUUCUCGACACUAGUUUAUAAAGAGAAUACUGAAGAAAUUUCCGACAUGUAAAUUUUUCCAUCAAGAGGUACUGUAAUAUUAAAUGCGCAAAUAUAACAUGUCUAGAUACUUUUUUUUUUUAACAUGUGAUUAUGCUUGUGUGGGGAUAAAUAUUCCUUUUCCUGUUGGAGUAAGUGCUUGUUUAUGUAUAAUAUAGAUAAGGGCUUAUAUUUCUUGUAUAUUACCAAGGAUAUAGUAAUAAGGUGUAGUUGGUAAUACAAAAAAUAAUUUUCUUCUUUUUUUUAAAUAAAUAAUUUUUAUUUCUAAAACUCACUCAUUACUCUUCACU